AUGGGGGACUGGAACCUGCUGGGAAAGCUUCUUGAAAAAGCCCAGGAGCACUCCACUGUGGUGGGGAAGGUGUGGCUCACCGUCCUGUUCAUCUUCCGCAUCCUGAUCCUGAGUGCUGCCACAGAGAAGGUGUGGGGCGACGAGCAGUCGGGCUUCACCUGUGACACCAAGCAGCCCGGUUGCGAGAACGUCUGCUAUGACAUCACUUUCCCCAUCUCCCACGUCCGCUUCUGGGUGCUGCAGAUCAUCUUCGUGUCCACCCCCACGUUGAUCUACCUGGGACACAUCCUCCACCUGGUGCGGAUGGAGGAAAAGCAGAAAGACAAGAUGAGGGAACAUGCGCAACAUUCAGACAAGCAGGCCCUAAUUGUGGACGCUAAGCACAAAAAGCCUCUGGUGAGGGACGAUAAGGGCCGAGUGCGCCUGCAGGGGGAGCUCUUGCGCACAUAUGUCUUCAAUGUGGUCUUUAAAACCCUGUUUGAGGUGGGCUUCAUUGUGGCUCAGUACCUUUUGUACGGCUUUGAGCUGAAGCCCAUGUACACCUGCGACAGACCGCCCUGCCCCAAUGUGGUAAACUGCUACAUAUCCCGUCCCACAGAGAAAACCAUCUUCAUCAUCUUCAUGCUGGGAGUGGCCAGCGUGUCUCUGUUGCUAAACCUCAUCGAGGUCUACCACCUGGGCUUCACCAAGUGUCGCCAGGGCCUCACCUUCAGGAGAGGUGAGCGGUCACCUCAUGGUCUCCACAAGGAGCCCAGCGAGGCCUCGGUGCCCUUCGCCCCGAGUUACGACGAAUACUUCCACGGGCACCACCAGGUCCAGCCGGCCUACCCGCCCGUACCCAGCUACAACCUCUCCCCUCUGCCCGACGGCACGGACUCGUCCUUCCACCCCUACCACAGCAAGGCGGCCUACAAACAGAAUAAGGACAACUUGGCGGUGGAGAGAAGCAGCAGCAUGCCAGAGGAAUGUGACCUGAAAGGAAAGAAGGGAGCAGGAUCGGCCCCUGGGUCACCUACGCAGGCCAGGCCCGGCCGCGCUGCCAAACACAGCAACAACAAGACUAGAAUAGACGAUCUGAAGAUAUGA